GCACCCCUAUGAGCAGGGACAGAGGCCCCCCUCAUGCUGCCCAAAUGUGGAGCCCCCAGAACGCUGAGGCCCGGAAGGCGCGGCCCCCCCUCCCCUCCCCGCUGGACUUCUGACCCGCCUCGCCCCUCCCCUCCGCGCUGACACCUUUGCCCUGAGCAGCCUCCUCCGGCGCAGGCUGGGGCUGAUCCGCGCCAUGGCCAUGUUCUCCCUGCCCUCCCUCCCCUCCUGGCUCCCCAGCCUCUCAUCCCCGCAGUGGGGCUCCGGCCUCCUCGACCCCGUCCUGCAGGGCCUCAUCGGGGCCUGCGGAGUCUCGGUCCUCAACAGCCUCCUGAGGGUCUACUUCUUCGUGAGCUGUGCCAGCAACCCCCGGCAGCGGCUGGAGAGGCAGCGGCUGCGGGCCCGGUGGGCUUUGCUGGACGCGGUGCACCUGGCCGGCCUGGCCCUGAUCCUGACGGUCCUGGGGGCCCGGGUGGCCGCCCUCGUGGUGCUCGAGUUCUCCCUCCGGGCUGUGUCCACGCUGCUCUCCCUGCGCAAGGGCUCCGAGAGGGAGAGGCUGCAGCUGUACCUGCUGUGCCAGUACUCGCUGGGCUGUGCGCUGAGCUGCGGCCUGAGCUUCCUGCAGGAGGGCGCCCCCCACCGCACCCUAAACCUGCUGCUGGGCCUCUGGCUGGCCGCACUGCUUAGCUCGGGCGCCCGGCGCCUCUGCCGCCACGUGAACCAGCUCUACGAGCUGCACAGCAGCCAGAACUACUGCGGGGUCUGCCUGGGUCUGCUGGCGGGCGCCCACCACCUCCCUCCGCUGCUGACCCGCGCCCUGGCCGUGGCCUUCGCUGUGGGUGACCUGGCGGCCGUGGCCCUCAUCAACCAGGACUUCCCCACCACCUCGGACGCCGUGCGCUUCUGGACGCCGCUGGUCAUCUGCUAUGCCCUGCUGGUCAUCUACAUGCAGGAGGAGCAGAGGCAGCAGCCUGGCCUGCAGGGCCAGGUCCAGACUUUGCUGGUGCGCAUGGGUGGCCUCUUCGUGCUGCUGCUGACCGUGGGCAGCUGGCUGGACCUCCUGGGAAUCCUCCUGUCCCUGCUGGGCGAGCUCUGGUGCCUGGCCAGCAUCCACACUCUGCUGGACCUCUGCCAGAUACAGGAUUCUCCAUCCCAGAGGCCUUCGGUGUCAGCUCCAAGGCAGCCUCAGUCCCAGCCCUCAGCACGUGCUCAGCCCCAGGGGACAGCCCCCUCCUGACCUGCCGUAGCAAAGACUCAGAGUCUGUCUCAGGCCCACCCGGGCUCAUCCAGAGGCCUGGACCCCAGGACACUGCCCCGAAGCAGGGGGGCAGGCUGGCCCCCACCUGGGGGCUCCGUGGAGGGAGGGGAGGGUUUGGGGCUGGGCCCUCUAAAGGGGGGGCAUGUGGAGGCCGCUGGGUGAAGCCCUAUGUUUCUCAGCCCCCUCGGACCCGCCUUCCCUGGGAGACUAUUGCGUUCUCUGAAUGGCCCCCCUUCACCGCCCCCUCCACAAACAGUAAUAAAGAUGAUUUUUUUCAACCUGCGCUUAGAAUCAUGAACACACAGAGGGAAAGAGGCCGUCCUGGGGCCACACAGCCCUUCUGGCUGGGGCUGGGUCCCCUGGGGUGUAGGUCAGUAUUGAGGUGGCUGAGGAAGCGACAGGGACGCGGCGGCGUGGACUCGUGGUCUAUACAGCAGCCACUCAGUUGUGGGUGGACGGUGUCUGUGUCCUGUCCCAUCCUAGGCUAAGACCGUGGGGGUCCUUGCCACCUCAGCCUCGCUCCUCCGGGAGGCUACAGGGCAUCUGGGAAGAGGCUGGGUACCAGCUCUGCCUACUUGCUGUGUGCCCUUAGGUGGGUCGCUGCCACUCUCUGAGCCAGUCCAAAGGAAUAUUGCCACAUGUAGGGUGCUGACCACGUACCAAGCACUUUUAUGAUCUCAUUUUGUUCUGACAUCAGCCCACGACACAGAUACUGUUAUCCCUUUUUACAGAUUCAGAAACAAGCUCAGGGGCCCCUGGGAGGCUCAGUGGGUGAACGACUGCCUUCAG